AUGAUACCAUCACAAACCAAGCCUCGGACACGGAUAAAUGGAUUAAAUACUGGAAACGGAAUACGGUCAGCAGAGUUAAAGAUUGCAACAUGGAACACAACAAGCCUUUUUAGAACUGGCGCGCCAUGGCGCAUGCCAGAACUUGCAGAAACACUAGAUGUAUACAGUAUUGAUAUAGCUGCCCUACAAGAGAUUAGAUGGACGGCAAUAGGACAAAUUAAAGUCGGACAUUAUAUAGUUUACUUUUCAGGAUUAACAGAUAGACAUCAUUUUGGAAGUGGUUUUGCAGUACACGAAAAAUUAGAAACAUAUGUCAAGGAGUUUAUCCCAAUAUCAGAGAGAAUGGCAUGUCUAAAACUAAAUACGAAACCACUUAACAUCAUGUUAGUAUGCGUGCACGCCCCGACGGGAACGAGUGAAGAUGAAGUAAAAGAUGAGUUCUAUAACAAAUUGGAUGAAACAUGGGAUAGUUUACAUGGGAAUAUCAUCAAAAUUUUGUUGGAAGACUUAAAUGCUAAAUGUGGGAGAGAACCACAAUAUGCUCCGACAAUAGGAAAAGAAAGCCUACAUGCCAUAAAUAAAGCUACAAGAAAGUCUCCGGAUGGAAAUACGCUCAAUCAGAAUGAUCAUAUAUUAAUUGAGAAUAGAUUUCGUUCCAGCAUUAAGGACAUAAGAAGCUACAGAGGAGCGGAUAUCGACACAGAUCACUUCCUGUUGAUAUCGAAAUUCAAGCUCAAAUUACAAGGCAUGAAAAGCCUAAAAGAGAAGAAAGGUGCAAAAUUCAACGUAGACCUAUUGAAAAAUGAAAAUAUUAGAAAAAAAAAAUAUGCAGAUAGUAUUGAUAGACACCUGAACUAUAGGAGAGCUGGGAAUAUAGAAACGGAUUGGAACAAGAUCAGUCUCGUCAUAAAAGAAACAGCGGAACGAAGCAUCGGUGUAGUACAAAAUGGAAAUAAGGGUAAGAAAAAUAAAUGGUAUAAUGAGGAAUGUAGAGAAGCCGUAGAAAAAAGACGUAUAGCAAGAUCAGAUUUUAUAAGAUCUGGGAAUCAGGAUGCGAAAGGUAUGUUCCUCAAUGAAAAGAAAAACUGUGAAAGAAUAUUACAGAGAGAAAAAAGAAAGUUCAUUAAUGAGAUUUUAGAAGAAGCUGAAAAAGAUCGCUUGCAAGGAAAAAUUAGAAACUUCUUCAAGACUAUUGGACGGUACAAGGAUUUCAACCCAACCCUAAAGGCAAUAAAGGGUAGAAAUGGAGAUAUGCUUAUAGAAUCCAGUGAUAGAGUUAAAAGAUGGAAGGAGUACUUCAUAUAUCUUCUUAAUGCGGAAAUACCGGUGAAUCCAAUAGGAAACACACAAUAUCAAACAGCGGAAUCAAUGAUUAGUGAAAUAACAUUGGAGGAAGUCAAGACUGCUAUCAACAGUCUAAAGAACUGGAAAGCACCAGAAUCUGAUGAAAUACCGGCUGAGCUUAUCAAAUACGGUGGUGAAGAAAUGCACAAGGUUAUCUUCGAAAUAUGCCAAAAGAUCUGGAAAGAAGAACAAAUGUCCGAAGACUGGAAAAAGGCAGUAAUUAUACCCAUUCACAAGAAAGGUGAUAAAACUAAAUGUGGUAACUACAGAGGAAUAUCGCUCCUAAAUUCAGCAUAUAAAAUAUUCUCCAAAGUGUUACUGAACCGCAUAAGUCCUUAG